CUUUUGUUCCUCCUUCGUGCCCUUAGCCCCAAAAAAGGGGGGUUUUUCUCCUAUUCUUUUCAAAAUCUCCCUCUUUUCUCUGAUUCUCCACUGUCUCAUUUGAUUUCCUUUCUGGGUUUCUUUCAUUUUGUUGUAUGAUUUUGAAAGAUGAAGCUUUUCCCUGAAGAAUCCAUGGCUCUGCUGCUUCUCUUGCUUUUAGCCCUCUCUGUACCUGCUGUCGCUGAAGAUGCAUUCAUUGGUGUUAACAUCGGAACAGACCUCUCCGACAUGCCAUCCCCAUCCCAGGUGGUUGCCCUCCUCAAGGCCCAGCAGAUCCGCCAUGUCCGCCUCUAUGAUGCAGACCGCGCCUUGCUCGUCGCACUUGCUAAUACCGGUAUCCGUGUUACCAUCUCUGUCCCCAAUGACGAGCUCCUUGGCGUUGGCCAGUCGAAUGCCACUGCUGCCAACUGGGUCGCCCGCAAUGUCGCGGCCCAUGUCCCUGCCACUAACAUCACUGCCAUUGCUGUUGGAUCCGAGGUGCUCACUACACUUCCCAACGCCGCUCCUGUAUUAGUCUCGGCCCUCCGAUUCAUCUAUUCAGCGCUUGUUGCAUCCAACCUCGACAACCAGAUAAAAGUGUCCACCCCCCUAUCCUCUUCUAUCAUCCUCGACUCCUUCCCGCCCUCCCAAGCCUUCUUCAACCGCACGUGGGACCCGGUCUUAGUACCCUUGCUCAAAUUCCUACAGUCUACAGACUCCUUCCUCAUGCUCAAUGUCUAUCCAUACUAUGACUACAUGCAAUCCAACGGUGUAAUUCCAUUGGAUUAUGCACUCUUCCGUCCCCUCCCGCCCAACAAAGAAGCUGUCGAUGCUAACACCCUCCUACAUUACACCAAUGUCUUUGAUGCGAUUGUUGAUGCGGCCCACUUCUCCAUGUCCUACUUGAACUUCACCAAUGUUCCGAUUGUUGUAACUGAAUCAGGGUGGCCCUCUAAGGGUGAUGCCUCGGAGCGGGAUGCCACCUUGGACAAUGCCAACACCUACAAUAGCAAUUUGAUACGGCAUGUGCUAAACAAAACCGGUACGCCAAAAUACCCUGGCGUGUCAGUUAGUACAUAUAUAUACGAGCUUUAUAAUGAGGAUUUGAGACCCGGGUCGGUAUCUGAGAAGAACUGGGGUCUGUUUGAAGCAAGUGGGGUUCCAGUUUACAUCCUUCAUUUGACGGGCUCAGGGAUGGUUUUGGCGAAUGACACAACAAACCAGACGUAUUGCAUAGCGAAGGAUGGUGUGGAUUCGAAGAUGUUGCAGGCAGGAUUGGAUUGGGCAUGUGGGCCCGGGAAGGUAGACUGUUCGCCUCUGUUGCAAGGUCAACCAUGCUAUGAACCGAACACUGUACAGGCACAUGCGACAUAUGCUUUCGAUGCGUAUUAUCACCUGAUGGGGAUGGCGCCGGGGACGUGUUUUUUCAAAGGUGCCUCUGCGGUCACUACUACAGACCCAAGCCAUGGUAGCUGUAUAUUUCCAGGAAGUAGUGGCAAGAAUGCAACCUUUGUGAAUGGCACGUCAUUGGCACCUUCAUCGAAUGACACGACCUCUGGCUCCGGCUCUCAUCGUUUCUAUCAUUCCAUCGCAAGUCCCCUAAUCAUCGGAAUUCUACUCUCGAAUGCAGUUCUUACUUAGAAUGUUUGGGAAGAUUGGAUUGACAGUUCUUACCUAGAAUGUUUUGGAAGAUUGGAUUGACGGUUGGUUAAUUCCUCAAAGAAGCGAUGCGCCCGAUUUUGUUCUUCUGAUAGAAGAAAGAGAGGGGAAGGUGUUUGAAUUUCGAAGUAGGCAACUAGUAUUUUUUUU